AUGAACAUGAUGCGUAUAAACAGGUUUGAUGGCAAACCCACCAGAGCAAAAUCAUAUGCAAAAUGGAAGAAUUUUAGCCCGGGAAGAUUGAGUGAAUCUCGUGAAAUUUUUGGAUCUUUGAAAGUGGUUGUUGAUCAGAGAUUGUUCAGCGAUUCAGGGAGUUGCUUGCGAAACACACAUUGCAUUGUGAUGUUUGUGAAUGCAUACGAAACGAGUAUUACAUGGAAUGCAAAUUGCGAUGUCAAGAUCUGUUGGAAGUCCACGUUUUACUUCCAAGAUGAUUCCAGAAGAUUGCUUUAUUCGGUGUAUCCGGCGAGCGAGGAAGGAAAAAAAGUUUUUUUUUGGAGUUUACCGUCCACCAUCUGUAGUGAUGAAAGAAGCUUACACGUAAUAGUGGCGCAAUACGAUCCCAGGAAUACACCACGCAGUUCAUGCAAUCACCCCAUACCACUUGCAUUGCUCGCCUGCCAAUUUCGUUAUAAGAGUCCGGCUUACGUGGUUCACGAAGUGAUCCAACGACUGACAUUUACCGCGGGAUCAUGUGAUUCCGUUCUCAAGUGUUCACAACGACCUUUGAAAAACGCUUCCCUGCCCAACCUCCCUCAUUUCAUCAAGGACAUCACCGAGAAGUCAAAGGUCACCGACAUCAUCAUGGUGGUCGGCUUGAUCUAUGUCCACAGGCUGAAAAAGACCUUACCUCCUGAAGCACGUGGAGAUUUUGACACUCCCUACAAGAUCUUUUUGUCCUCCAUUCUGGUGGCAAGCAAGUAUCUGAGCGAUCACUCGUUGCAGAAUAAAACCAUAGCGGACAUUACCAAUGGGCUUUAUACCAUCAAGGACGUAAAUACCAUGGAACGAAGUUUUCUGGGAUUACUAAAGUACGAUCUUUGGGUAGAUCGCGACGAAGUGAAAAAGUUCUUGGAGGAACAUCGGGAUUUAGCUCUCGACGUUGAUUGGGACGUUUAG